AUUUCCAUCAUCUCCAACUCCCUCGGACCAUCGGAUACUUCCAGUAGAGCAGUAUCCAUGGAGGCCUUGUUCCGCUAUUCGAAAUCCUCUUCGGUUUCGUCUCUUUCAUCCAUUUCUCUCUUCAGGAGAUGCUUCUCUUCAGCUGUUGCUGCUGAACUCAGCUCUCCUACUACUACGACUUUUCCUUUUAAUUUAAACCACAAUCUUCCCCGCAAAGAUCCCAAGGAUCGGAACGUUCAAUGGGUGUUUCUUGGAUGCCCUGGCGUCGGCAAAGGGACCUAUGCUAGUCGUCUUUGUAACCUUCUCGGUAUCCCUCACAUCGCCACCGGAGAUCUCGUCCGCGAAGAACUCGCUUCCUCCAGCCCGCUUUCUCGCCAGCUAUCAGAGAUUGUUAACCAGGGUAAAUUGGUAUCGGAUGAGAUCAUUAUCAACUUGUUGUCCAAGAGACUUGAAGCCGGUGAGGCGAAAGGUGAAUCUGGAUUUAUCCUUGAUGGUUUCCCUCGGACAAUUAGACAAGCAGAAAUUUUGGAAGAGGUGAUUGAUAUAGACUUGGUGGUUAAUCUAAAGCUCCGAGAGGAUGUGUUACUUGAGAAAUGCCUUGGGAGAAGAAUCUGUGGUCAGUGUGGAAAAAACUUCAAUCUUGCCUCCAUUAAUGUAAAGGGUGUAAAUGGCAAUCCUGGAAUGAGUAUGCCUCCACUGCUUCCCCCCACACAUUGCAUGUCUAAACUAAUUACUCGGGCAGAUGAUACCGAAACAGUUGUAAAAGAGCGUCUUCAAGUGUAUAAUGAAAAGAGUCAACCUGUUGAAGAGUAUUACCGUAGUAGAGGGAAAUUGUUGGAAUUCGACUUACCAGGUGGCAUCCCAGAGUCUUGGCCCAAGCUACUGAAAGUUCUUAAACUUGAUGAUUUUGAGGAGAAACUUUCUGCAGCAGCCUAAAUUACAGUGCGGCAAAUGAUUGGUUAGUUAAUUAUUUUCCACAUAUACAACAGGCACAAACAAUUUUGCAGGACAAUAAAAAACUGAAAAUUAAACAAACUUGAGAUUUAUUUAUUUCUUUCUAAAUUGUUAUGUUCUUUCUUUUCACCAAUUGGGAAGGAGGGAGGAGAAUUAUUUCACACGUUCUAAUUUCGUUGAGUAGAUUUGCUGCAAACAGGGAUUUGUAACAGCAUUGAGUAUCUAUCUCGACUAGAAGAAUAAUGAUUUUGAAUUCUUGUACCAUAAUAUUCAGUAGUAUUACAUUGUUCCAUUUGAUGAUUUUUAUGA